UCGCGCAUUUGUCAAACAGACAGCUUGACCUAUUUCCCGUACGAAAUUAUUUUGUUGAGAUCAUGGUAACAUAAAAUAUGUACAUCUUAACAUUACAUUGCAAAUGAUAAAUCAAUUAGAGUGAAAAGACACAAUAUUCGUCAAGCAUGACUUAUCAAAUGCAGAACAUUUUGAGGUUAUGUCGUAGGCGUUGUGUAUUAUUGGCAAACAAACGUAUUUGUCACGCGAGAACGAUCAACGGCGACCAAAUAAAAGAAAGUGGUAAAAAAACAACACAGGACAAUGGAAAUUUCAGUACGCUCUUACAAGAACAUAAGGAUAAAAUAACGUUCAGCUCAUACUUGGACCAUGAGAAACUAGAGUUAGGUUAUUUUAAGUACUUUAUCAAAACCAUCAAGGAUGCUAAGCAUGUACAGGCCAAAGAAUACCAAGAUAAGAGUCUGCCUCCUCUGCCGAUCGCUCUGAGGUACUGUGUAGAUAAAGAUAGGCUGUUAACUGAUGAUAACAAGGACGGCAAAGUAAGUCAACCUGAAUCGACUUUUCAGUUGCCCUACGGUAACACGGCGCGUGUUGAUAUCAACGAAGAUGAAUUAAAGUCAACCCAGACUAUUCAGAAUAAAGAAACUAUAGAUGCAAAAUCUGAAUUUGAUCACUCACACAUUGAUCAAUGGAUGGUUAACUAUGAACAUUUUGAUGAUAGUAAGAUGACAGAAUCAGAGGAGCAAGAAUAUUAUUAUAACUUAACGGAUGAGUGGUCAAACAAAUAUGGCACUCCUGACCCAAGUGCAGGUGUGAGCAAUGUGCCGUGUGGUGGGUGUGGAGCACUACUGCACUGCAGCGACCCCGCCAUCCCCGGGUACCUGCCCAGUGAGAUCUUCAAGCACCGCACUAACAUUGAGCUGAAGACUAUGGAGUGCCAGCGCUGCCACUUUCUCAAGGAGUACAAUGUUGCCCUGGAUGUGAGUGUGCAACCAGAGGAAUAUGAAAAGCUGCUGCAGUCUAUCAGAUAUGUGAAAUCAUUGGUGGUUCUAAUGGUAGACCUGCUAGACUACCCAUGCUCCAUAUGGCCCGGCAUAGUUGACAUCAUCGGCACUGACAGGCCUCUCAUCAUUGUUGGGAAUAAGGUUGACCUACUUCCCGGUGACAGUUAUGGAUACUUAAAGAGAGUCAAGGAAUCUCUAAUGAUAGAACUUAGCAAGACAAAAUUAUCAGAUGCCAACAUCAGAUAUGUGGGGCUUAUAUCAGCCAAAACUGGCUACGGAGUAGAGGAUCUCAUCUCUGCCAUGUUUAAGUAUUGGAUGGCAAAAGGCGACGUGUUCCUAGUGGGCUGUACUAACGUCGGCAAGAGUUCCUUAUUCAAUGCUUUACUUCAAUCAGAUUACUGCAAAGUUCACGCAGUGGACAUUGUCAAAAGAGCUACAGUCAGCCGGUGGCCUGGCACCACCCUAAACCUUUUGAAAUUCCCAAUCAACAGGCCCUCUGGCUGGAAGAUACAACAGAGAACACGAAGACUCAAAUCUGAAGCUAGAAUAUUAAAAGUCGAGCAAGAGAUUCGCAAUGCCCAACUACGAGGCAGACCACACCCAGAGGCACCAGCUCUCAUCGGUCACAUUGGAAGAACAUUUUCAGAUGCCCAAGGCCAUUGUGAUGCUUUUGGUGGAAAAAAGGAAAAACAAAAUUUAAUGGUGUUAGAUGAAAAACAUGAAUUAUUUGCUCAAAGUAAUUGGCUUUAUGAUACUCCCGGCGUCAUACACCCAGAUCAAAUAUUGUCCUUGCUAAGCACUGAAGAGUUACUGGCUACCAUACCUAAACAAGUAAUAAGGCCACAAACAUACUUCUUACAUAAAGGGUAUACAUUAUUCAUUGGAGGUUUGGCCAGGAUAGACCACAUAGACUGCUCUUAUCCAUGUCGAUUUACAAUAUUCUGCUCGGAGAAUUUACCAAUUACUGUGACGAAGACCGAGGAUGCAGAUGAGGUGUAUGAUAAGUUUCUGGGCACUGAGUUGUUUGCGGUGCCUAUGGGGGGGCCAGAGCGGCUCAAGAAUUGGCCUGGAUUGAAGAAAAAGGAAGAUAUAAUGGAAUUUCCAGGAGAAGGACCAAAGUGGUGUUGUGGUGAUAUAGUGCUGUCGUCGGUGGCGUGGGUGUCGGUGACGGCCAAGAAGGGGUCGCUGUGUCGCGUGGCGGCGUGGACGCCGGGCGCGCGCGGCCUGCACCGGCGGUACCCCUCCGUACUGCCGUAUGCUGUCACCUUGAAGGGGAAAAGACUACGCGAUACUCCUGCCUACAUGAUUGGCAAAGUAUUCUCUGACGAUAGAUAAAUCCGAGUUAUAUUGUGCAUUUGCAUUGUGAUAGUAAUGUAUGUUGAUUACAAAGAAUGUAUGAAGUGUAUUAAAACAAUUUAAACACAGCGACA